AUGGUGAACUUUUAUGAUCUGAAGGCUGAGAUGCCCCAAGGCAAGACUUACGACUUUCAACAACUGAAGGGCAAGGUCGUUUUGAUUGUGAACACGGCUAGUAAGUGUGGUUUUACGCCACAGUUCGAAGGUCUCGAGAAGUUGUUCAAGCAGUACGAGUCUCGUGGCCUUGUGAUUCUUGGCUUCCCAUGCAACCAGUUUGCGUCGCAGGACCCUGGAAACGAUUCUGACAUCGGUUCUUUCUGCGUCAAGAACUACGGUGUCUCGUUCCCCAUCAUGGCCAAGUCUGAUGUUAAUGGUGAACACGCAAACGAAACAUUCAAGUUCUUGAAGCACGCUAAGCCAGGUCUUCUAGGUACCGAAGCCAUUAAGUGGAACUUUACCAAAUUCCUUGUCGACAAGCAGGGCAAUGUAGCGCACCGCUACUCUCCGACCACGAAGCCCGAGAGUAUUGCGCAGGACAUCGAGAAGCUGCUUUGA